AUGGCUAAGGUCACGACUGACAAGAAGACCAAGCAGACCAAAGCCUCACCAACUCCAGACGCUAUGCCUCGCACUGCUGCUACCAAGACUAAGAAGGCCGCCGCUGGUGGUGGCAAGAAGAAGAAGGAUCCCAACGCCCCCAAGCGUGGCCUGUCCGCCUACAUGUUCUUCGCGAACGAACAGCGUGAGACUGUCCGUGAAGAGAACCCAGGCAUCUCCUUCGGCCAAGUUGGCAAAGUCCUAGGUGACAAGUGGAAGGCUUUGUCCGAGAAGGGUCGUGAGCCAUAUGAGAAGAAGGCGGCCGCGGACAAGAAGCGCUACGAAGACGAGAAGGCCAAGUAUAAUGCACAAGGCUCUGAUGACGACGAAGAGUAA